ACCGAAGCCGGCUCCGGCUGGGAACGGUCUUGGCGCGGACCUAGCCCGGGGCUUGGUGCUUCGGUUGGGGUUUUUCCCCAGUGUUGAUAGCACACUCGGCGACCAAGCACCUUCCUGAACAAGAGAAAGUCGCAAACAACGACCCUAACAGCUGAGGUCAAAACACACUAGGGGAACACCUUCAGUUUGUAAACAAUAGGUUUUACAUUGGCAUCAACUGUCAAGAUGCUGUAACUCUGUACUGCCUUCUCUAGGACUCUCAUUUCAUUCACUUGGUUGUUUAGAUGUCAACAGUUAUUUCUAGCCCACUUAUCUUAUCGCUUGGCACCCAUUCUUUCAGUCCGUUGCGUUCGAAUUCAAUGGCGGGGGUGGGGUCCACAUCAGCUUACCCCAUGGUCAUUUUAACCACCAACACAACAUCAGAUAAGUAUCUCUCUUGCUAACAGCAAUUGGCCUCGAUCCACCACCCAUCGGUCAGUCAUCACGGCGGUUUAAAUACAUUUACAGGUCAGGUUCUCCUGAUCUUGCAACUUCUGGCUCCAUCACCCGAGGAUCUUCCGUUGUUGUUGUUUUUGCAUAUUGAAUACUCACUGCCGGUGAUCAUCAACUCGCAGUUUGGCCUGGAAGAGCUCAAAGAUCAAAACCAACAACUCGAUACCUGGACCAGCCAACAGGAAGAAACUAAGUCGUGUUACAGAUCCUCGCUCUCAAUCCUUUCUCGCGCCCCAGGUGACCCGUCACCAACAUGACAGCUCGGCAACACCUCCUUAGCCGGGCCCACCAUGUCAGCUCAGCCCUACUGGGCUCGCGACUCAAGUGUGCCCGUCAACCCUGUUUCAACACCGUCCAACGACGCCUCAAAAGCACAGACUCGCAACUCGCCAGUCUCCUCAAAAUCUCCCCUGAAGUUGCCGACGCCCUGGCUACCAACAAGCCCGUCGUUGCUCUUGAGUCCACCAUCUACACCCAUGGCGCCCUCGGAGACGAUCUGUACCUCGAGGACAUUGUCCGCAAAAAUGGAGCUGUCCCUGCUGUUUGCGGUAUCCUUGCUGGUGUGCCUACAGUUGGUCUUAGCACUGAGGAGGUGACGAGAAUGGUUCACGAGGGUGCAAAGAAGGCUUCUAGACGCGAUCUUGCAUAUCUGGUGGGAAAGGGCCUUACGGGAACCAAGAUUCAUGGUGGUACUACCAUUUCUGGAACUAUGGUGCUCUCUAGACUUGCCGGAAUCCGCGUAUUUGGUACCGGCGGACUUGGUGGUGUUCAUAAGGGCGGCGAGAACUCCAUGGAUAUCUCGGCCGACUUGACCGAACUGGGAAGAACUCGUGUCGCCGUGGUGAGCAGUGGCUGCAAGGGCUUUCUCGAUAUUCCCAGGACACUCGAGUUCCUCGAGACCCAAGGGGUUCUGGUGUCCACGUUCGCAGACGGGCAACAAGGAAACAUUGACUUCCCUGCCUUCUGGGCCCGUGAAAGCGGCAUCAAGAGUCCUUCAGUGAUUCAAAACGAGGCCGAAGCCGCGGCCAUGAUCUAUGCCCAGGAGCAGCUCAACAUUGAGACAGGUCUUCUCUUGGCCAACCCCAUUCCGGAGGAGCAUGCCAUCUCUAGGCAGGACAUGGAGCACGCCAUCAGCGUUGCCGUAGGCGAGGCGGACGAGAAGGGCUUCAGCGGCGCAGAGAACACGCCGUAUAUCCUCAGGAGAAUCAGGGAGCUGACCGAGGGCCGCAGUGUGCCUGCCAACAAGUACCUGGUUCAGGCGAACGUUGCGCGGGCUGCUAAGGUAGCAGUGGAGCUCAGUAAGCUUAUGGACGGCGGCUCCCGCUCUUCCCAGGCUGCUGCGUUCACAGUUCAGUCUCCUGGAAUUCGCAAAGUGAAAGUAGAGAUCAAGCCUGAGCCUUCCAAAGUCACACAGCAGCAACAGUCUAACACGGCUGACAUCCUAGUCGCUGGCUCGGUCGCCCUCGAUUUGAGCUGUGAUUAUGCCGGUGGGGUUGAUGCCCAGGGCAACAAGACAGUGUCGCCUUUGGCUCACGUCUCUAAUCCCUCCCACAUCACUCAAUCCGUCGGAGGUGUAGGCCACAAUGUAGCCCUUGCCGCCCACAAAGUCAGCGAGGAUGGCAAAGUGAGGCUCUGCAGCAUGGUUGGUGACGACAUUGCGGGCGCCACUAUCCUUGCCAACCUCGAAUCCUCCGGUCUUGACACCACCUGCAUCCGCAAGCUGGGUCGCGAAUACCCGUCCACCCGCACAGCCCAAUACGUCGCCGUCAAUGACGCCGAUAAGAACCUCGUCAUGGCCAUGGCCGACAUGGCUAUCUUCUCCAACCACUCAUUCCCAACGUACUGGAACUCCGCCGUAGCCGCCACCAAACCUAAAUGGCUCGUCGUCGACGGUAACUGGGCCGAAGCGGACAUCCAAACCUGGAUCGAAGCUGGACGCAAGCACGGUGCCCGCGUCGCCUUCGAGCCCGUCUCGGCUGCCAAGUCCGAGCGUCUCUUUGCCGCUCCGAAGCAGGGCGGCCAGUUACCUUUGCGUCUGUUCCCCAACGCCAGCGUCGAUCUCGCGUCGCCAAACCAGUACGAGCUUUCGGCCAUGCAUGCUGCCGCGACGAGGAACGAGUACUUUACGCACAGUUGGUUCGAAGUCAUCGACACGUUUGGCAUGCACGGUUCAAGGGAUAAGUUUGUACGACUGACGAGCGCGGAGAUCACCGAUAUGGGCCUGCCCCAGCAGAAUAUCCAGCUGUUGCCAUAUAUCCCGACGAUUAUCACGAAGCUGGGAGCGAAGGGCGCGUUGGUUACUAUGUUGUUGAAGCCGGGUGAUCCAUUGCUGAAGGACAGCCAUCAUGCGCCGUAUAUUCUGGCGAGGAAUUAUAACGAUCAUCCGCAUGUGGGUGGCGUCUAUAUGCGGCUGUUCCCGCCAGUGGAGACGGUCAAGGAUGUGGUCAGUGUCAAUGGUGUUGGAGAUACGUUCUUGGGCGUAUUGGUGGCGGGGUUGGCGAUGGGUGGUCGAGUUGAGAAUCUGGUGGAUGUGGCGCAAAGGGCGGCGUGUUUGUCAUUGAGGAGUCAUGAGAGUGUUAGUAUGGAGUUGGCUGGGUUAAAGGGUGAUUUGAGGUUGGCGGUGGAGAAGGAGUGAGGAAUGGUUUUCCGGCCACGAGAUGGAAGAGGCAUAAGCGAUAUACAACGGGACUGGAGGGCCACAUGGAGGAAAUAAUUGCCAUGCGGUUAUGAAACAAUGGAAAUAAGAAAUUGGGGUUCUGUUUGAUUCGGAGGGGACUUGUCGUUCGAACGUGACGAGCUAAACGUCAAGUCAAAGCCUUCUUUUGCCUCUUGACAACAUGAAGAGACAAUGAGCACAUGACUUUUGGCUUGUGGUCACACUUGUAGCCUGCCUACAAGUGCCCACAUGCAUUUACCGUGAUAAGAAUGAAUAGGGGUUGGAGGAUGCAGUGUCAAGUUUGUUGUAUGCUCGCCCUUUGGUUAUGGCGCAACCAAUGAGGCUUAUAGUACUUGGUAUAAUGACUUGUUUGUGUUUCUCUAGAGAACUUGAUCAAGCUU